CUUACGACAAAAGUUUAACAAAUAUCAGAAUAAUAACUCAAGCUAGGAUGGUUGACAUGAAGUCGGUCCCUCAACAAAAGAAGCAGGCCUGCUUUCCAAAUCCACAGAAUACGGAGCUAGCUAUGCAAAGUGUCGUGGCCGAAGGGUCAGACUGGGGAGCAUCCGCUCAUCGUCUGCCGGUAUAUUCUAACGGUGUAGCCACUUGGCCCGUAGAGUUAUUAAGAGACACACCAGGUCGUACCACAACGUACCAGAGCUUCCAGACCACCGUUUCCAACAACAUGAACCGCCCUUAUUUGGGUGAACGAACUGUGGUAUACAACGAGGAUGGCACCACGAGCGCUGGCGACUACAAAUUCAUAACUUUCAAGGAGGCUAGCGAGACUGCGACAUACAUCGGCUCCGGACUGAAGUCACUAGGCGUUGCAAAAAAUCAACCGGUUGGAUUAUACUCCAAGAAUCGAAUGGAAUGGACACUGACCGAUCAUGCUCUUUCAUCGUAUACACUACCAUCUGUUGCCAUCUAUGAUACACUCGGUCCUGAAUCAGUACAUUAUGUGAUGGAACACAGCGAGAUGGUUGCAGCAUUCUUUGAAAAGAUUCGUCUCGAGUCUGUCCUUGCAGCGAUCGGCAAGGGACUACCAAACCUCAAGUUUGCCAUUUGCUUCGAAGUAAUAACAUCUGAAGACAAGGUAAAGUUUUCAGACGCUGGCGUUACGCUGCUUAAUUUUUAUGAGGUGGCGGAUUUAGGCUCUGAGAAUGUCUUGUCACAUGACCCCCCUACCGCAGAGGAUGUAGCUGUACUUAUGUACACGUCAGGCACCACAGGAAACCCCAAGGGAGUGCAAAUCACCCACAGGAACGUGAUGUCGGAUGUUGUAUCACUUCAAGAGCGACUCCGUGUGAGCAACCAAGACGUACACUUCUCGUUCCUUCCGCUGGCACAUAUCUUCGAACGGGUGAUACAGGCUCUGUGUGUUAGCCAGGGGUGCUCCAUUGGAUUUUACCAAGGGAAGCUACCUGAGCUUAUGCUGGACAUUCAGACUUUGAAGCCGACAUUCUUUAUUGCUGUGCCACGCAUUCUGUCACGUAUAUACGAUAAGAUCAACCAAGGUAUAAAGGCCGGCGGUCCGGAGAAGGAGGCCGCUUUCAAGGGUGCUUACAACAUGCGUCUAGCAGCUCUGGAACGCGGCGAGGAUACCCCGAUCCUCAAUGAGAAGGUCUUCAAUCGAAUGGGCAUGGCUCUAGGCGGCCGUGUGAAGUGGAUUCUGACUGGCUCUGCACCACUUGGAGUGGCUAUUCACGAGUUCCUGCGUGUUUGUGUGUGCCCUGUCAUCAUGGUCGGUUAUGGUUUGACUGAGACGACAGCUGGUGCCACCAUCACUCAUUACAACGAUAUGAAACUUGGCCACGUCGGAUCCCCCAUGGCUUCGAAUGAAGUCAAACUAGUCAGCAUCCCCGAAAUGAACUAUCUCACCAGCGAUGAAAUACCACGUGGUGAGGUAUGUGUGAGAGGAACUAAUGUGUUUGGGUCUUACUUGAAGAACCCCGAGAAGACGAAAGAAGAUAUCGAUGAGGAAGGGUGGUUUCAUACUGGCGAUGUAGGCCGAUGGAACGCCGAUGGCACGCUAUCAAUCAUUGAUCGACAGAAGUCUAUCUUCAAGCUUUCUCAGGGCGAGUAUCUCGCCGCUGAGAACCUGGAGGCAAUGUACGGAAAGUGCGAUCACAUUGCACAGGUGUUUGUCACAGGAGACUCGUUCCACGCCUACCCUGUGGCCGUUGUUGUGCCCGAUUCUGAAUCGAUAGUUGCUUGGGCCAAAGCAAACAACGUGUCUGGCGAUGCUAGAAGUAUUGCACAAUCGCCAGAGUUGAAGGCUCUUCUGACCUCGGAACUACUGAAUAUGCACAAAGAAUGCAAACUGAAGGGGUUCGAGAAACUUAGAGACUUUAUUGUUGAGCCUGAGCUGUUCAGUAUUGACAAUGAGCUGCUCACACCCACAUUCAAGCUGAAGCGUGUGAAUGCCACCAAAAAGUACAAAGACCAGAUUACAGAUCUAUACGACGCAAUCGAGAAUCCUACAGCACCCGUCAAGGUACAGUCCGAAAUUACAGCUUUAGAAGAGACUUGCGACAACGAGGUCUAUUCGGUCAACUUGAGCACGCUAGUAGCCGUUGGAGUAAUUGCGACUGUAACGGGAAUUUAUUUUGGCCAACGUGCACGGUUGUUAUAGUUAGACAUCGACCACAAAUAGCUUUCCGUAUAAAAGCACACGACCAGGAUUAUUAACGUAAUAAAAUAGUCUGUUUCGUUCCGUAUCUACCUG